CAUACUCGACUUGCUACAGCCAAGUUGACAAGACAACAAGACAACAACAACGACAGAAUAUCCUGCAAAGAAACAUGUUUUUGAUGUUACUUCGUUUGCUGGUGAUCAGCGUUCUAACCAGAUCAGGAAGUCACGUGUGGACAUUACACAAUCACCACAGGCGGAAGGUAACUGGUUCAGAUUUUGAAAACUGACUCCGGCAGGCUAGAUCUUCUGGUGGUCUGACAGCAGUGGAUUUCUCCGAUAGGAGCAGGGACGAAGACUCCGAGUUGAAACUGAAACAUGCGAUCGAAGCACUCAUGAACCAAACACAGAAAAAUAAUGAAGACAGCAGGCACGCUUUCGGGAGGAUCCCGUUAUCUGGAUCUCAGUCCCAGGAACUCGGUUUCGGCGGUGGUCCUCCCGGUCGUGGAAUGCUGGAAACCAUGAGUCACGCAGCGACCACCAGCAUCAUGGCCGGUGCCAGAUCAACACCACCAGACAGUUUUAAGAGACCGUCGCAACCUCCUCCUUUAAAACAUGCCAAACAAUUCUGGAACCACUUCGCGUUCAGGAGAAGGUCAGACUCCCAAGAAACGAUUGUGCCUAUCAAAACCACAGCGGUUCAGCAGCAAACUUGUAGGGCGUUGCCAUUUUUACAGAGUGUGGUCCAUGAGAACUGCGAGAAGGUAGUGCUGAAGAACAACCUGUGUUUCGGGAGGUGCAGCUCUGUCCACGUUCCUGGAAACGAAGGCCGUACGUACACCAUCUGCUCGUACUGCGUCCCCACCAACUUCACCACGAAGACAGUGGAACUGAAGUGCAAGGGUUCCGUCAGCGUCACCAAGCUGGUCAUGCUGGUGGAAGAGUGCCAGUGCGAGGCGCAGAAAGGCCGGCCCCCGCAGCUGGGGCCCUUCUUAUUGGACUCGAGUUUAGGCAUCUUCACCAACCAAGCAUAAGUGGAUUAUCAGCAGAACCUGAACCUAUACAGAACGUAUAUUUGGUUUGUAACAUUGCAGUUCAACUACUGUGCCUAAGUGUGCUGUUGUACUGUAGGGAAUAGAUACUAAACAAUGUAAGCACAAUUAUGAACAUGGUUUCAGAUGUUGCAUUGAAAUGAAUUGUAAACUAAGCAUUUCAGUGCCUUGCUAGCCAUUGGUCUUUUUUAUAUUGAUAUUAUGCAAAUGUUAUUAUUGUAGAUACUAUACACACUUCACUUUCUGUACCCACUGUACUUAAAACUGAAUUACAAAUAGUUACUUAUUUUCACAUUUGCAAUAUCUGUCAACUUAUGUUCAUACUACCACUGUUUGCAUUUUAGACCACUACAAAAAAAUAAAUACGUAUGUAUUGUACAUGUAAACUGUAUGCAUACUAAUGACAAAAAUAUGUACUGCUGAAUUUGAAAUAAAAACAUGGAAUCACUGACAAAAAGAGAACUGUGGAUCUUCAC